GCUUCAUGUGUGCAAAUGUUUUUAGGUUAUGUUAAACGUCACAAUUAUAUUAAAAUUAAACAAAAUAAAACUUAAAUCAUGAGGAACCUAACGUUGCACCAGCACCAAUGGAAAUCAUUACCGAUUAUAAAAAACUGUAAAUAUCUGUCAGUGGAUUCAGACAGUUCAAGUUCGUAUUUGCUCACCGAAAAUAAAUUGUUCUAUGUCAAUAAAGAUGACACAAACCCUCCAUUGUUGAUCUGGCAAGCAAAUGUCCCCUUAGAAAUUGUACAUGUUGAAUUCCUAUCAGUUUCCCGUAAAUUAUCCAUAGCUGAACGCAGUGGGACACUGUUAGAAUUAAACAUCGAUGGAACACCUGAUAUUGAAGAAGUUGGGGAAUGUAUAAGUGGCUUAGUUUCAGCUACAUGGAGCCCCGAUCAGGAACUUUUAGUUCUUGUAACUGCACAGUUAAGUGUGAUAUUAAUGACAAGCGAUUAUUUUCCUUUGACUGAAUAUCAUUUGACAAAUGCUGAGUUCGGGGAAAAGAAUUUUAUCAACGUUGGUUGGGGUAAGAAAGAGACACAGUUUCAUGGUUCUGAAGGUAAAGAGGCUGCUAAGGCUAAACAAACUGAUGCUGUACAAAUUGACGGUGAUGUGUUGCCGAUUAUUAGCUGGAGGGGUGAUAGUACGUUAUUCUGUGUAGGAUUUCCAAGUGCCACUGGUCGACAAUUCAAGGUUUUUAACAGAGAAGGAGUUUUACAAUAUACGUCAGAACAUGUCAGUGGCUUAGGAGGACCUUUGUGCUGGAGACCGUCUGGUAAUUUAAUUGCAUCUUCACAAGCUCUUCCUAACAAAUAUGUGAUUACGUUCUUUGAGAAAAAUGGUUUGCAGCACGGCUCUUUCGAUUUGCCUUUUAAUUAUGAAGAGAUAAAAGUGGUAAAAUUAUCCUGGUCAAAUGAUUCGGAAGUACUCUGUGUGCAAACUAAGAAUGUUUCGACUGGUGAAAAGUCUCUAUUAUUAUACACAACCGGUAACUAUCAUUGGUACUUGAAACAAAGUUUGCAAUUUCCAAAAAAUUCGGGACCAGUUGACAUAUUUUGGGAUACUGGAAUUGGUAAAGGAAAAACUCUACAUGUUUUAACAGAGGAUGCUAAACUUAUGUAUUACAGGUGGGAAGGAACAAUAAACCACAGUUACGGUUUAGAUGAAGACGAUGGAUCUUGCGUAUCUGUUAUAGAUGGAGAUAAAAUUUUAUUCACAAAUUUUAGAGGCGUAUGCGUCCCUCCACCAAUGGCUUCAUCGAUAAUCAACUGUCCAAAAUUUGUAAACCAUAUUGUCUACGCUCCAAGCAAUUUAGAUUUAGAGAACUCUGAAACAAAAAUCAACAGCAACAUGUUCUUUGCUGUCUUGGAUGAUAAUAGUAUUAUGUUUUGCAAACCCGAAUUCGAUGGUGUUAAAGUCUUGGAUGUCAAAACUUUUCCACCGUGCCGUAUCGAUUGUGAUGAUAAAGAUAAUGCCAGUCCAUUGUUUUGGAAUCACUGGUGCUGGAUUAAUGAUAAUACAAUAGUGGCUAUGAACUCUGGUACAAACAGUACCAAAAUUAUGCUUGUUGAUUUAAAAGUAACAGACGAGUUAUGCAAGAUGAAAUUAAAGAAAGAAAUAAGCUUUGAAGACGUUAUAAUAUCCAUUGAACGAACAUCUGCAAACACAGCAGUACUACAAUCCCUAAAUGGGUCUUUAUUUACCCUAAAUCUAGACAUAGAGUUACCACAGCCGUUAUUCAAUCUACCACAGCCUUGUGUUAAAGUAAAGUCCAUUAUCCUGGAUGAAGAGUCUUUUACAUUUGGUCUAACCGAGAGAAAUAGGUUUUAUAAUACUGUUGAGAUUGCUAAUAAUGUCACAUCGUUUUAUUUACAUAGUGACUUUUUAUUGAUGACUACACUGCAACAUACACUGUUGACUGUCAAGCUUUCAAGAUUGAAUAUGGAGUAUUUAACAAAAACCAAGGCGAUGACUGAUGAUCACAUGCCGGAAUUUGUCCUUUGCAGAAAAGUUGAACGAGGAUCACAAUUGGUAGUGGCAGUACCCAAAGACACCAGAACAGUCCUUCAAAUGCCCAGAGGAAACUUAGAAACCAUACAACCGAGAAGUCUCUCAUUACACCUGAUCAAAAACUUCCUGGACGAAAAAAAUUACAAAGCCGCCUUCGAAUUAUUCCGACGACAGAGAAUAAAUUUAAAUCUAAUAGUCGAUCACAAUCCUGGAUUAUUUUUGGAAAACAUAACAAAAUUUAUAGACGAUAUAGCGAAUCCUAUGUGGAUCAGUUUGUUUGUAUCGGAAUUAAGUAAUGAGGAUGUUACUAAGACUAUGUAUGCUUCUUCUUAUGCUCACGAAGACCAGGCUUCGUUGGGUAAUAAAAUAGAAGUUGUUUGUAGUUUGUUAAGGAUCGAGUUAGAAAAGCAUGAUAGGAGUGAACAGUUCAUUUAUCCUAUUUUGGCAACUUAUGUUAAGAAGCAUACUAUCAAAGAUUUGGAGAGUGCUUUGUUGGUGAUCAAGGAGUUGAAGCACAACAAAAGCAAAACUGUAUCAGCCGAUGAUGCUUUGAAGUACUUGUUGUACUUAAUCGAUGUAAACGAAUUGUACGACAUAGCCUUAGGUUUAUACGACUUUGACUUGGUGAUGUACAUUGCACGCAAGUCCCAAAAAGAUCCAAAAGAAUACAUGCCUUUCCUGAACGUCCUAAACAAAAUGGAACAAAACUACAGAUACUUCACCAUCGACAAACAUCUCAAACGUUACGAAUCAGCACUGAAGCACAUAUCUUUAUGCGAGGACAAAUUUGAGGAAUGUAUGAAAUUUAUUGCUGAUCACGGUUUGUACAAGGUAGCCAUGAAGAUUUUUGAGAAGAAUCAUUCGAGUUAUUCCAAAGUGGCAGCAGCUUAUGGUCAGCAUUUGAUGAAGCAUAGGAAUUAUUCGGAGGCUGCUAUCAUGUUCAGGAGGAGCGGUGAUUUGGAAAAUGCUUUGGAGAGUUCUAUGGAGGCCCAUGAUUGGAGGGAAAGUAUACUGAUCGCUAGGGAGCUGAAUUAUAGCCCACAGGAGAUGAUGAAUUUAUGCAGACAGCUCGCGGAUGGUCUAAAAGAUCAGCAAAGGUUUUCGGAAGCUGGUGAAAUAUAUUUAUACCAUAUGAAAGACGUGGAGAGUGCUGUCGAAGCUUAUAUCCAAGGUAGACUCUGGUCGGAUGCACAGAAAUGCUGUAAUUUGUUUGAACGAGCUGAUUUAAUAGAAACCCAUGUAAAAACUGGUCUAUCCGAAUGUCUGAGCAACUUCUUGAUCCAGAUCAAAACGAUAUCAGAGACAGUAACACAAUACACGAAUAGAUUGAUGUUAUUGAAUGAACAGAGGGAGAGCUCAGUAUAUGCAAUAAACUCUGAAAUGAUGAUCGAUGAUGAUGAGAAAAGAUUAGCAAACUGUGAUUUGUAUUCGGACACGAGCAGCGUUGCUGGCAGUACUAUUACUAGAAGUUCUUUAAAAUCUGGCAGAUCGAGUCGAACCUUCAAAUCAAGUAAGAACAGAAGAAAACAUGAAAAAAAACUACUAUCUCUCAAAGAAGGUAAUCCUUAUGAAAGACCUGCGCUUAUAACAGCAAUACAUGGUUUAGUCGUCCAAGCAUUUGAUCUGCGGAGGGAUGUAGGAGCCUCUUGUCGAGCUGCUUUGGCAUACGAUUGGGAUGAUCAAGCUUCAGAAUUACAAAGAAGUCUCUCAACACUCCUAAAGAAUCUGCAAUUGAGCUUCAGCAAUAUCUGGACGAAUGAAUUAAUGUCCUGUGCAGAGUCGUCAACAGAUCUGACCAGUAACGAGAUAGUGGCACAACAGAAGAAUGCUGAUCUGGGCCCUGAAUUUUUAGAACCACAUCUACGUAUGAAACCAGUAAUCAGUACUAUUUAUUGGGAGUGUGAAAUUUUGAAGUAAAGGAAUAUGAUAAUACAUAAAAUGUAUAUAAUGAAUUAUAUUUUUAAUGCAAUGUGGAAG